GACCAACUAGACGGGUUUAUUCAAGAACAAAACAAUAUAUAUAGUAUCCAUGAUAGAGUAACAAUUCAUUCCUUGUGUCCUAUCUCUCUCAGUGUUGAUCAUGGCUAGCUGCCUUGUGUUCCUCCUCUUAGCCUUCUUUGCUUUUUCAGCAAAUGCAGAUGUUUUCAUUGAUUGUGGAGCAUCUGAUGUUUACACGGACGGAAAUUCGAUAGUAUGGAUGGGAGAUAGCGACAUGUUCCAGGACAGCCAGGCUGAAGUGGUGCAGUCUAGCAAGACAAUGUCACCUGUAAUGAGCACUCUUACGGUGUUCACAACUCGGAAAAAGAAUUGUUACUCUUUCUCUGAGAACAAGGGCAAUCCACUUCUUGUUCGUGCCAGCUUCUUCUAUGGAAACUAUGACAAAAAAUCAUCUCCUCCAUCUUUCGAUAUGCAUAUUGAUGGAAACGACUGGGCCACGGUCAAGACCUCACUUGAUCAGCUUGUAUAUUAUGAAGUAGUCUAUGUUUCCAAAGGCGAUACAACCAGCAUCUGUCUUGCCCAAACACAGCCUAACCAGUUUCCAUUUAUAUCAGCACUUGAGGUUAGGAACUUGGAUUCAAAAAUGUAUAACUAUCUUGAUCCGAACUAUGCACUGUUUUUAAGGUCAAGGGUUGCUUAUGGUGCUAAGGAAACAGUAAGGCUCCCGGAUGAUGCUUAUGAUCGCAUUUGGGUUCCAGCAACAGUUGAUAGCGGGAUAACUUCGGUCGCAAGCGAUGCAAUAACCAUUGAUGUUGUUAAUGCACCGGAUAAUCCUCCACAAGCAGUCUUGCAGAAUGCUAUUACAAUCUCAAGCACGUCAGAUUCUAUCAGUAUAAAUCCUGGUUUUCCAGAUCAAGAAGUUUCAAUAUACAUGAACUUGUAUUUCUCUGAAGUGACCCAGCUCGAUACCACCCAAAACAGGUCCUUUAAGGCUUACAUCGAUAAAAAGCCCGUAUCAGAUCCCAUUAUCCCACCUUAUGGAGAAGUGACAGAAACGUUUAUUAACUUCACAGCUUCUUCAAACACCUCGUUUUCGUUGGCUGCCAACCCUGAUUCUACACUUCCUCCACUUGUCAAUGCCAUGGAAGUCUUUUAUAUUAGCGACCACCUAACAGAUGGAACCAAUAGCAAAGAUGUGGAAGGCUUAAGUGAACUCCAAAAAGUAUUCAGUGAUGCAUUACAAGAAUGGUCUGGUGAUCCAUGUCUUCCUUCUCCAUACACAUGGGAAUGGAUUAGUUGUAGCAAUGAUACCAUACCUCGCAUAACGGCAUUGGACCUUAGCAACUUUGAUCUUUCAGGGGAACUUCCGGAUUUUAGCUCCAUGGAUGCCCUUGUGACAAUCAAUUUGCAGAAUAGCAGCAUAAACGGACUUAUUCCAGAUUUCCUUGGCUCCUUACCUAACCUCAAAGAACUGAACUUGGCAGAUAAUUACUUCAGUGGAACAAUUCCUCCAUCAAUAUCAACGAAUAAGAAGCUGAAAUUAGUGGUAUCAGGCAAUCCAUACUUGUGUGUCUCCGGCAAGUCCUGUCAGCCAACUAGUACUGAUGGCACUACCAGUUCAUCAAUUCCUUCAGGUCGCAGAAAAAAGAGUAACAAGCUUCCAGUGAUACUUGGAACCACAAUUCCAAUCUUCGUAAUUUUCUGGGCUAUUGUGGGAUUUAUUGUGCACCACAAGAGAAAAACAGCAGCCAUAAUCGCAAUCACCACAGGACAAACUGGCGGUGCCAAAAGGCGUAGUGGUGCCAACAACACGAGAUUUGAAGCGGUGAUUAAUGAGAUCAAUGUUAACAUCCAAGACCAAACAACGACAGAGAAUGACAAUCAAUCCGAUCCACAGCAAUGAAAAUGCAACCUGGGGGCUGAGAAAAACAAUUAACUUACCCUCCUCAAAUCUUUGACCAUAUUAAUUUACAACGAUAUUGUGUGUAAGCUUCCCAGAGUCAACCCUCCUCAAAUCUGUGACCAUAUUAAUUUACAACGAUAUUGUGUGUAAGCUUCCCAGAGUCAAAGAUCAUAUGUUUGGAACCUAGUGGUAUUAUAUGUGGGAUAAUGCUAACGAGUGUCCCCAUAAACAUUUAUCAUGUUUUGGAACAAUAAUUUCGCAUUUAUAAUGUAUGAUUAGAAAAUAAA